AGCUUCUCCAAUGCUUUGGCUAAAAACACAAUGGCCAUGUUGGUAUGGCUGACUCUCAGUAUCAUCAACGGUAGCAUGGUGUACACCUUUCUACAGCACAGUCUCUUCUAUGAGAACCCUCGCUACAUCAUGUUCAUCUGCAUGGUGGUCAAUGAUGCUCUGCAGCUAACCCUUGUAACCACUCUUUAUGUGGUUAGCUACAUCUUCAGGAAGAUUCAUGCCUCUGUCUGCUGCCUUCUGGUCAUGACAGCAGUCUUCACCACCCGCUCCACCCCGCUCAUCCUAGCCGGCAUGGCUGUUGAGCGCUUCAUCUCUAUCUGUUUCCCCCUGCACUACAACCAGUUGUGCACUGUCCCCCGCACCCUCAUCCUCAUUGGCAUCAUCUUCAUCCUCACUGCCACCCCUCCAAUCACAGACCUGCUGAUAACAAUUGUCAAGCAGCCUCCAAGGUUCUUUCACACCACCAUUUUUUGUGACCACUCACUUCUCUUUUAUGAUCCCUCCAUCUAUUACAAGAACUGUGUGUUUGAUGGGACGUACCUCUCCUUUGUGGCCCUUACGCUGCUCUACACCUACUGUAAGAUCAUGCUGGCAGCUCAAGCUGCAUCGACAGGCCUAGCGUCAGUAAAGAGAGCCAGAAACACUGUGCUGCUUCAUGGGGUGCAGCUGCUGUUGUGCAUGCUGGCCUUUGUGGUUCCUUCCCUUCAGGCUGCUCUGAUCUCCCUCUUCCCCCAGCUGAGCCUGGAGAUCCGUUACAUCUUCUUCUUGCUGGUCUACAUCAUUCCUCGUUUCAUGAGCCCUGUGAUCUAUGGUUUUCGGGAUGAGCUGUUCAGGAAGUACUGGAUCCGGUACCUGUCAUGUCGGAGUCACAGGAUUAUCAGGGUCAGACCAGCACCAGUUAUAGCAAACCUGCUGGUGAUAUAAGCUCCAAUCUGUCAGUUUCAUGUUUAUGAGGAUUG